UCAUCAGUAUUUCAUUUAUUCUUCAUCACCGUGAACAUAAGGUAUCACACAGAUGAGAAUCCCAGUCAGGGCGGCAGCAUGUGUUGAGUCAUUUAUUCUGCAAGCCCCACCCUGACCCCUGUGGCCCGUGAGAGUUAAUGGCGGCUGGAGAGAGCGGGGCGGGAUCCCAGCUGGCCCGGUCCCAGAGCUCCCUGGCCACGAGAGGACAGUGUCCGCUAGCGGGGGUGUACCAGGUAACGUCACGCCUUAGGCGAGGCUGGGCACCUGGCAAGCCGCCCUCUUCGGAGUCAGCAGAUUCCACGCUUCAAACAGGAUCGGCUUGAGCCUUCAGCGCAUGCUCCAAAUUUUGCAGCGUCCAACGGUGCCUUGCCUAAGGCUUUAGCUCUCAGCCCUGGCAACAGCUGCGUAGCCGCCCACAGGGAACUGGGAUGCGGCUCCGCCAGACAGGGACUCAGGAGAAAGUUUGUCCCUCUGCGCGAUCCGGCACUCAGGUCGCUGCUAGCUGCCGACGUCUGCUUCUUCACAUCUGAUUGGAUAGCAUCAUAGGAAAGGCGGGGGGCGGGGGUUUGCCGUGGCGCGCAUGCGUAUAGCAAAGAAUGGAGGAAUCCGAACCAGAGAGGAAGCGGGCUCGCACCGACGAGGCAACUGCCACAGGAAGCCGCUCCGAGGCGGAGGAUGAGGACGAUGAGGAUUAUGUACCCUACGUACCACUGCGACAGCGCCGGCAGUUGCUGCUCCAGAAGCUGCUUCAGCGAAGGCGCAAGGGAGCUGCGGAAGAGGAGCAGCAGGACAGCGGCAGCGAACCCCGAGGAGAUGAGGACGACAUCCCGCUGGGCCCUCAGUCCAACGUCAGCCUUCUGGAUCAGCACCAGCACCUCAAAGAGAAGGCUGAAGCCCGCAAAGAGUCUGCCAAGGAGAAGCAGCUGAAGGAAGAGGAGAAGAUCCUGGAGAGUGUAGCUGAAGGUCGAGCCUUGAUGUCAGUGAAGGAGAUGGCUAAGGGAAUCACAUACGACGACCCGAUCAAAACUAGUUGGACACCACCCCGGUAUGUUCUGAGCAUGUCUGAAGAGCGGCAUGAGCGUGUACGGAAGAAGUACCACAUCUUGGUGGAAGGUGAUGGGAUCCCACCACCCAUCAAGAGUUUCAAGGAAAUGAAAUUUCCUGCAGCCAUCCUGAGAGGCCUAAAGAAGAAGGGCAUCCACCACCCAACACCCAUUCAGAUCCAGGGAAUUCCCACCAUUCUCUCAGGCCGAGACAUGAUAGGCAUUGCCUUCACGGGUUCAGGCAAGACACUGGUGUUCACCCUGCCCGUCAUCAUGUUCUGCCUGGAACAAGAGAAGAGGUUACCUUUCUCUAAGCGCGAAGGGCCCUAUGGACUCAUUAUCUGCCCCUCGCGGGAGCUGGCCCGGCAGACCCACGGCAUCCUGGAGUAUUACUGCCGCCUGCUGCAGGAGGACAGCUCGCCACUCCUGCGCUGUGCCCUCUGCAUCGGGGGCAUGUCUGUCAAAGAGCAGAUGGAGACCAUCCGACAUGGCGUGCACAUGAUGGUGGCCACACCUGGGCGCCUCAUGGAUCUGCUGCAGAAGAAGAUGGUCAGCCUGGACAUCUGCCGUUACCUGGCCCUGGAUGAGGCUGACCGCAUGAUCGACAUGGGUUUUGAGGGCGACAUCCGUACCAUCUUCUCCUACUUCAAGGGCCAGCGACAGACCCUGCUCUUCAGUGCCACCAUGCCUAAGAAGAUUCAGAAUUUCGCCAAGAGCGCCUUGGUAAAGCCUGUCACGAUCAACGUGGGGCGCGCCGGGGCUGCCAGCCUGGAUGUCAUCCAGGAAGUGGAAUACGUGAAGGAGGAAGCCAAGAUGGUGUACCUGCUCGAGUGCCUGCAGAAGACACCGCCGCCCGUGCUCAUCUUUGCGGAGAAGAAGGCAGAUGUAGACGCCAUCCACGAGUACCUGCUGCUCAAGGGAGUCGAGGCUGUGGCCAUCCAUGGGGGCAAAGACCAGGAGGAAAGGACCAAGGCCAUCGAGGCGUUCCGGGAGGGCAAGAAGGAUGUCCUGGUAGCCACAGACGUAGCCUCCAAGGGCCUGGACUUCCCUGCCAUCCAGCAUGUCAUCAAUUAUGACAUGCCUGAGGAGAUCGAGAAUUAUGUGCACCGUAUCGGCCGCACUGGGCGCUCAGGAAACACAGGCAUCGCCACCACCUUCAUCAACAAGGCCUGUGAUGAGUCAGUGCUGAUGGACCUCAAAGCCCUGCUGCUGGAGGCCAAGCAGAAAGUUCCACCUGUGCUGCAAGUGCUACACUGUGGAGACGAGUCCAUGCUGGACAUUGGAGGAGAGCGUGGCUGUGCUUUCUGUGGGGGCCUGGGCCAUCGGAUCACUGACUGCCCCAAACUCGAGGCUAUGCAGACGAAGCAGGUUAGCAACAUUGGCCGCAAGGACUACCUGGCCCACAGCUCCAUGGACUUCUGAGCCAGGUGUCAUCCGCCCUUCUCUCCAAGGGGCCUCCAUCCCUGGGGCUCCAUCCGCCUCCCCAACACGCCAGCCCCAUGAACAAGACAUUGGCAUCUUUGGCCCAGCUGGCCUGGGUUGGGCCAGGCUGGACCUGGCUACCUGCUCCCUGUGCUCCCUGGAAUUACUAUUUUUGCUCCCCUUUACCCUAGCUACGAUUAAAGCACAAGCCUUUCUGGUCUCAGCCUCUGUUUCACCUCCUUUUCUCCCUGCUUCCUGGGGAGGCCUCACCCACUGACCUCCAGAGCCUCUCUGAGGUAGGGCCUUGGCGUCUCCCACCAGCACCACCAAUAGCCAGCCUGCUGGUACUCAGUGUGGAAGGAACUGCCUAACUGGGCCCCUCUCUGGGGACCGAGGGGAUCUCCUCCAGGCUACCUGGACUCAUGACUCAGGAAAGGACUACAUUGGUGGACCAAGAGGAAAUGGUUGGGUUUUUCUGAUCUCUCUGGUUGGCUGUUAUAACCUCCAGCCCUGCCCCAACCUCCCUCUUGUCAGUGUCUCAAGCUCUUGGGGCUUUUCCCAGGGGCCUCUUGGGAGGCGACUUCCUGCCUCAGGCCCCUACCCAUGCAGGCUUUCAGUAGGGAACCCUCUGCUCCAUUUGCUGAGGGGGAAGCAGAUGCCACAGGAUUCAGGCCACAAGCACCCACUGACCCAGCUCUGUGCCCAGCUAUGAGUGGGGCUCAGGACCCAGAUGAGCCAAGCAGAUGCCCUCUGAGAAGUUCACAGGUAAGGGGACAGACAGAUCAGCCUUGAAUGAACAUGGACUGUGGUCAUGAGACUGCUGGCAUAUGAGCCAGGAUUUCAACAUCUGGCAAGGGGUAGGCAGAGAAAAGCGCUGGCAGCAGCUCCUCUGUGCCUGGUACUUCAUGUAUGAGGCCACAGGGUUAUCCCAGCAGGACAGCAGUUGCUCAAGCCUUGGGCAAGUUACUUAAUGUUUCUGAGCCUUGAUUUCCUCAUCCUUGAACUGGCAGUGAGAAUGCAAAGGACAUGGUAUCUGAGGCUGCUGGAGCUCGCGACUGCCUGGGCCACAGUGGGCACAAAGCCAGUGAACAGUGCCCUAGGAAAAGAUUUCCUGCCUGAGAAACUACAAACCCCACAUGUGCUACCCCCCCACCCCCCUGCAAAAGAAAACCAGUAUUCUUCAACCUAUUAGAUGUUCCUUGGCAAAGGUGGCACUGAAUGAAUGCCAUGAGGCUGUCCCCAGAAUCCAGGUCCUCCCACAAGCCCCGGCCCCAGGCUCCCCCAGCAAGAAGCAAAACUUAAAAAGCGUGUGAGCUCUCUAGGGGGCCUGCUAGGGGUGUGCCACACACGCUCACGUGGCUGGGGCCCAGUCAUGGGGACUGAGGCCUUUGUGCUCUCAGACAGCGUGGCAGUCAGGGGAGGGCUCCUGGAGGAAGAGACCCCAGUGUGCCAAGCAGCCCAGGGGUGAGAGGUGCCCUGGAGGGGCCAGGCUAGGGGAGGUGGAGACCAGAACACACAGCACCUUGAGUGCUGGGCCAAGGAAUCCAAGCUAGACCCAAGGGCACUAGGAGCCAGAAAAUGUUUAGGGAGGGGAAACACGAGUAGGUUUGGGGUUGGUGGAGAGGUCCGGGUGGGCCCAGGUGGGGCCAUGGUUCAAAGGAGAAAUGCCAAGGCUGGCAAUGGGCAGGGGCUGUGAAAAUGGGGAGGAGCAAGAGAGUAUUAGAACCCUUUCCGGGAUAAAGACAAGCAAACUAACCAGGACUCCAAGUGGGAAAGCACAGAGUUUGCCUGUCUGGCUAGAGAAAGGUCCUGGAGGGCACAGGGUGGUGGGAAUGCCAGGCCCCUGUGUACGGAAGAGCUCCUGCAUGGGGGAGGGGUCAGAGCUCAUGACUCGAGAGCCAGCUUGUGGUCAGAUGUUCACACCCAGCUGACCUGGGCUGGCACGGGUCAUCUGCCCUCGGGGGGGGGGGUCUGAGGCCCCUGCCAGGCACUAGUGGGCACCUUGGGUCAGCUUGAACCCCAAGGAAGGAGUAUGUGAUGCCCUCUCCCCCCAUCCUAGCUCCUUUACUGCAGGCAGGGCUCCCCUCCCCCCAGCCCUGCAGCUGCCUCUCUGGACAGAGGGAGGGGGAAGUGGCCAGAAGGGGAAGUAUAAGGAGUUCCCCUCCGGCCUGUCACCAGUCUCCUCAGGCCCUCAGAGUGGCGGCCCUGAGUCCCGGCCACGGCCAUGGAGCCUCUAGAGACCCCCAUCAAGGAUGGCAUCCUCUACCAGCAGCAAGUCAAAUUUGGCAAGAAGUCUUGGCGGAAGAUGUGGGGUCUGCUGUAUGCGGGAGGCCCAUCAGGCGUGGCACGGCUGGAGAGCUGGGAGUUUCGGGAUGGUGGCCUGGGGCCAACAGGUGACAGGUCUGGGGGGCCCAGCCGGCGGGGGGAGAGGCGGGUCAUCCGCCUGGCCGACUGUGUGUCCGUGCUGCCGGCUGAUGGUGAGAGCUGUCCCCGGGACACCAGCGCCUUCCUGCUCACCACCACGGAGCGAAGCCACCUGCUGGCUGCACAGCACCGCCAGGAGUGGAUGGACCCCAUCUGCCAGCUGGCCUUCCCGUGGUCGAGUUUCCGGUGGUGGUGCAGAGGACUGAGGCCGCGGCCCGCUGCCAGCUGAAGGGGCCCUACCUCCUGCUGCUGGGCCAGGACUCCAUCCAGCUGAGAGAGCCCCCCAGCCCCCAGCCGCUCUACACCUGGCCCUACCGCUUCCUGCGCAAGUUCGGCUCCGACCAGGGUGUGUUCUCCUUUGAAGCCGGCCGCCGCUGCGACUCGGGCGAGGGCCUCUUCGCUUUCAGCAGCCCCCGCGCCCGCGACCUGUGCGGAGCCGUGGCUGCCGCCAUCGCCCGCCAGCGGGAGCGACUCCCGGAGCCGGCGGGGCCUCGUCCCUGCCCCCUUCCCAGGGCCACCUCCCUGCCCUCGCUGGAGCCGCCUGGGGAGCUGCGGGAGGUGCCUCCGGGGACCGAGGCGCCAGGCUUCCGGAGGGUGCGCGAGGCCGAGCCCGGGCCCCAGAGCCUGCCCCCACUACUGGGCCACGCGGCCGCUGACGAGCCGGUGCUCUAUGCCUCGGUGUGCAAGCGGGCGAGCGGGCCCCCGACCGCCGCCCACCACCUGUACGAGAACCUGUGCAUGCUGGACGCCGGCGGCCCAGAGCAGGAGGCCCGGGGCAGCAGCAGCAUCCCCGCCAGCCCCAUCUACCACAACAGCCAGGACCCGGGUUGGCCCGGGCAGGCCCUCGACCCCAGCCUGGAGGCUCAGUACCGGAGGCUGCUGGAGCUGGAUCUGGCAGACCACAGCGAGGACGCCGGGGGCCUGGGCCAUCCUGGCCUCCACUCUGGCUUCAAGGCCAAGCUGGUGACCCUGCUGAGUCGUGAGCGGAAGAAGGGCCCGCCCCCCUGCGACCGGCCCUGACUGAGGCUUGUAUGUGGCAAGAGGAGAGAAGGGCACUAUCCCUGGACUAGAGGGCGCACCCACAAUGGACAUCUGAGGACACACCCCCACAUUCACUCUGGCCUGGGCCCCUAUGGCAAGGCAGGAAGCCGGGGGGAGGACACCCUCACAUGCCCCGCAGGGCCCCCAGUGUAUAGUGUACAGAUUUGCUGAUAAUAAAACCUUUAGGUUCCCA